AUGUCUACUUCUACUAAUGCUACAGUUGUUAAGAAAAUAGGUUUUCAAUGGGGGUUUAAGCCAAAUACUAACUCUAAUAAUAAUAAUAGUAAUAAUAAUAAUAAUAAUAAUAAUAAUAAUAAUAAUAAUAAUAAUAAUAAUAAUAAUCGUGCUGUCAAUGCCAACAAAAUUCAAACUAAUGAUCUCAUAAAUUUAAGUUCAGAUAAACAUCUUUUAUCAUCUGAUAACGAUGUUUCUAGGGAAGUAAGUGACAUAUUUAGAAUAAAUAACAACUCCAAGGAUAAUAAUUAUAUUCACUCUUUAAACUUCUACAAUGCUAAUGAUAGUGGUAAUGGUAUUAACAGUACUAACAACGCCACUCAUAAUAGCAUCAACAGUAAUAAAUCUAAAUUAAAAAGGUCUAGGCAUUUUCAAUUUGAUGCUGCAGCUGACAUUACUAAUGGCUCAAAUAUGAAUGGUCAUAUUUCUAAAAAAAGAUCAAGCUUUUAUUCGCUAAACAAUACCAAGUCUCGCAAUAAUCUCCAUAACAGCAAAAAACCAUUCAUGAAAUCACAUCCAUUGUCUAUAUCCAGAAUUGUGGAGCUAAUGAAUAAAGAACAACUGGAGAAAUUAAUAUUAACACUAGUGCAAAAUCACCCACAAUUAACAAGCUCUAUAUACACAUCAUGUGCUAACGAUAGCAAUAUCAGUAGUAGCACAUCCACGCCAAUGUUAAUUGAUCAGAUGUGUAAUAAAUUGCAUGAAAAAUUGAAAUUAGUUCAUAAAGUGAUACCAUAUUCUUUGGAUAAUGAGGUUAAUUCACUCUAUAAUGAUUAUUGUUUUGAAAGGAUUAAAGUGCAAUUAUUGGAGUUUUUAAACUGCUGUAUAGAAUAUAUUCAAUUUAUUGAUGUAAUUAAAGAAAAAUGGAGACUAUUAGAUGAAAUAUGCAAGAUGUUAAUUAAGGUUCCUAAAUUUUCAAACGAGAUUAAUAAUUAUUAUUUUAGAUUAUGUUUGGAACAAAUUGAUAGAUUUUGGUAUGAGAGUAUUAUGAUGAGUAUUAUAAACAACGGUACUACUGAAUUAAGCAAUAAUAACCCUACUAACAGUAUUAACAACGAUUGGUAUUAUAUACUUGGAGAUAGACUUAAAAACCAUAUUUUAGCAUUAGGUGGGUAUGAUACUUUUAAAUUACUAGCCAACCUUUUACAGCAAGAAGAUGAAAGAACUAGUUUACAAUAUGGUGGUGCUUAUGAUGGUAACAAUACUAGCAACGUUAAUGGUUUUAUAGUUAGCAAUAGCUUGAACCCUGCAGGCCAUAUUAAUAAUAUCAAUCCUAAUAAUGGUGAUAAAACUGCUAGUCAUAACUGGUAUUAA